AUGCCUUCCACACUUGCUGAGCACAUCGCCCUGAGGCAAGAGGAUGACCACUACGUCUCCUCCUCCUUACCUCAGCAGAUGGGCAACGCUGCCCCGAUCGCCUAUGGAGGCUACACCAUCGCUCUCGCCAUCCGUGCCGCGUACCUGCGUGCCCCGGAUGGAUUUCAUGUCUACUCGGUUUUAGGACACUACCUUCGAGCGGCUCACACCGAGUCCAGCCUGAUUCUUAACCCCGUCGAGCUUCGGCGAAGCAGAAGCUUUGCAACGUAUCGCGUUGUUGUGCAGCAAAAGGAUAAGAAAACGGAUGAGCAACGUCUUUGUGCGGAGGUCAUGGUGGACUUCCAUUGCAAUGAGCCGUCGCUGCUGCAGCACUCUGCCACUCCGACCCGCAAGUACAGCCACUGGACAGACUGCCAGACCACAGAACAAAGACUAGAAGAGCAUUUGGCCAAGCCUAGCAAGACGUCGCAGGCAGAGAAUAAAAUCUUCAGUACUCUCUUUGGGCUGUCUCGGAUGCUGUGGGACGCUCGACUGUGCCCAGAAGGCGUUGCCACUCAAAACUUGGUCGGAAUUGCCAAGAGUGCCAAAACCAGCCAGGAUGACCAACACGCCACGUCCAAAUCUUCAGCAGAUUGGAUCAAAGUGAAGCAUCCGUUGAAAUCAGAAGCAGAGCAGAUGGGCUCGCUGGCCUUCAUCUUGGAUGGGCUCUUGUCAUUCCUGCCGCUGGUACACAACCAUCUGUUUCUAAACGAUUCCGAAGCCUGCUCAAGCUUGGACUUUGCGUUGCGAGUAUUUGUACCUCGGCCAAACCUUACCGAGUGGCACCUGAGAGAGGCCAUCAAUCAUGAAGCUGGACAAGGCCGAACUUACAGCGAGAGCAGGCUAUGGGACGAGAGCGGCAAUAUGGUUGCGUCCAUGACCCAACAGUCCAUUCUCAGAGCUCCAAGAGGCAACCUUUAG